AUGAACGUUUUCAAUCGAGUGUUACCUAGUAUGAAUCCACAAGAGUUCGGUACUAUGGUUUGGAUGGGACAGAUUGCAUCGCCGCUUGAUGAGAACAUGACAAAUUAUUACGGACCACCGGUGGCAAACGUUAUGGAGGACAUCACACAACAAUCACAUGCAAUGGACAUGAAUCCCGCUGCGAUCAGUUCGUUGAUCAGUGAAUACAGCGGGCAUGUGACGGCCAUUCCAACACCAACCGGGUUGGCCGCAGUGUCGAAUGCUUCUGAAGCACUGGCGCUGACUAAUCCGGAAUUGUUCAAUCUCCAGCAGCAGCAGGCGCAACAGCAGCAGCAACUUUUGCAUCAGCAGUUGGCCCUCAGUGGAUACGGAUUUCUGGAUCAAACCGGUGCGCUGGCCGCUGCGAGUAGCGUUUCGACAGCUGACGCGCCAUCUGCGCCCGGCAUAGGACCGCAGACCCUCGCCGGUGUUGGAAUGCGUCUACUGGACGCAAGCACUGCUGCAAAGCUGUCCCUAGAUGGCAGGGUGCUGGCAACGUCAGGGCCUGUCGUAUCCGACGAGGAUGGUAACAACGACGGGCUGGAGGAUACCGCCGAGGACGAUGACCAUCCGUCGCUGCAAAGCUAUGAACAGUACCAGCAGAUGAUGGAAAAUGGCGGUGGAAAUGACUAUCUCUCUGCCGUGGGUCAGGAUAACCUGCUGCCGUACAAACUUAUGAAUGAUGCCAAUCUGCUGCAAGUACAGGGCCACUUCCUUGACUACGAUGUCAUACCGGAUGCGUCCAACAGCAACAGUAGCAACAGCAACAGCAGGUGCAGUCCCGGAGAGUCGGAGAGCAUGGACAUGGAGCAAAGGGUUGCUGGAAACCAAAGCGAACCACGCUUCCAUCAGCAACGGCAACAAGGCCAGCUUGGUACUCAUGGCGGUGGAUUAGCCUAUGCCUCGAAUAUAUACGGUGCGGCAAUGCCUGUGGAGCGAAUGCCGAGUAAAAAAAUUAGACCGGUAAAACGGCCCGGCUUAGUACUGAAAACUCCAAUUGCUUACAAGGGUGACAUAGAUCCGUCGGUGAUUCCUAUACAGCGCGAUGGCAUGGCAAUCUGUGAAAAGUGCGGUGCCAUCGGAGUGAAACAUUCAUUCUACACAAAGCAGCGACGGUUCUGUAGCCUGACAUGCGCUCGCUCAUUCGAAACGCUUCGGGUCUACAGUGCACCGUUUCGUCCAGUAGCUGGCAGCAAGGCGUCUGUUUCAUCGAACGACGAUAGCAGCAGACCUGCCACUACGUCCACGACGACCGAGGCAGCGCACAUCGGUCUGCUUUCGACGCCGCCGGAUCAGCUGAUAGACGAUUCGGAUUCGUCCGCAAGCGAGGUGGAAAGCAAGCACACCCCACUGCAUCAUCUGCAACAGCAGCUGAACCACAAGCAAGAACAAGUACAAACACUCGGGUAUCGGUUCAAGAUGUCCGGAGCAUCGCAUAAUCAACAAACCAUUGCCGGUAGCGGUGGUCUCGUAAGCAAUAGCAACAGCCAAGAUGGCAGCAACAGUAGCAGUCUGUUGGGAUGUAAAGCAAUCGGUGUGUCGGACGGGACGUCGCACGAGAUAUUACCACAAGAAGAAAUUCCACAGCUACCGAAGGGAAGCAGUCUGCCUUCGCCAUGUCCGCAAGACGAUCGUAUUAACAGCAUACGUCGAAAACCGAACGAAUUCCACAAUUCCUACGACUGGACUCAGGCCCUCGCGGACCCGAAGUUCAACGCCGCCCCAGUCACGUGUUUUAGGCACGCACCCGGUUAUGAAAUGUGGCCCAAUGUAGUAAUCGGUAUGAAAGUAGAGGUAGAAAACACCGACUGCGAUGCUCAACAGGCACUGAUCGGCGGCACGCCACACAGUUUCUGGGUUGCCACGGUACUGCGUAUAUGUGGGUAUAAGGCGCUGCUUCGCUACGAAGGUUUUGACGCUAAUCCAACGAAAGAUUUCUGGGUGAACUUGUGCUCGGCCGAGGUCCAUCCGGUGGGAUGGUGUGCGACUCGUGGAAAACCACUUAUUCCACCGAAAAGCAUUAGCAAACCGUCCCCGGAUUGGAAGGAAUUUCUUGUACAACGGCUCUCGAACGCGCGCACGCUUCCGUCGACGUUCUACAACAAAAUUAGCGACAGUUUUAAGUCAAGAUUUAGGGUAGGGUUGAAUCUGGAGGUAGUGGACAAGAAUCGCAUCUCGCAGGUGAAGCUAGCGACCAUUAGCAAGAUAAUUGGCAAGCGUUUGUACGUACGAUACUACGACAGCUCACCGGAUGAGUACGGAUUCUGGUGCCAUGAAGACUCCCCACUAAUACACCCAGUCGGUUGGGCUACGACAGUUGGACACAAUUUGGCCGCCCCAGACGAGUACAUGGAUAGAAUGAAUGCGGCUAGUGACCAAAUACUUGAGCCAAAUGAAGACGAUGCUACGAUGGACCUGUUUAAAACGAACUUCCAAUUCGAAGAGUACUGUUACGAUGGCAAGCAGACAGGCUUCGAAGAAAACAUGAAACUCGAAGCUGUGGAUCCGCUGAACCUCUCGUCGAUAUGUGUAGCGACUGUCAUGAUGGUGCUGAAGUUCGGUUAUAUUAUGGUGCGCAUUGAUUCGUACGAUCCGGACGUGAAUGGUGCGGAUUGGUUUUGCUAUCACGAAAAAUCUCCCUGCAUUUUCCCGGUUGGCUUCUGUGCGCGAAAUAAUAUUACGCUCACGCCUCCAAAAGGGUACGAUCUUACCACGUUUACCUGGGAACAGUAUCUGUUGGAUACCAGCAGUAAGCCGGCGACGGAGAACAUCUUCAAUCGGGACCAAAUUCGGCAACGAUUUAAGGUUGGAAUGAAGUUAGAAUCCGCAGAUCUCAUGGAUCCAAGGUUGAUAUGUGUAGCCACGAUCGCCCGAGUCGUUGGACGGUUGUUGAAAGUACAUUUUGAUGGCUGGGAGGACGAGUAUGACCAGUGGCUAGAUAGUGAAAGUCCCGACAUAUAUCCAAUCGGUUGGUGUGUUCUCGUUGGCCACAAACUGGAAGGACCUCGUAUUCUACCCAAGGUCGUACCCACGCAGAAAAUUUCGCCCAAAACUACCAAAAAAGGCAAACGGAAGAAAAAGCUGAAAAUCGAGCCACUACUCGAUGAUGUGAAAUGCUCUUUCCAAGGACUCAAAUAGUGAUCCGUUAUAUGAUUUUAUUUUUUAGCUCAACCAGCACCUAAUACACGUACAGCGCGAAUAAAGAAGGAGCAACAACAUUUCGAACAGCAAAAGCUACUAUCAACAAAUCCAGCCCAGCUCGACUACAAUCCGCUUGUAAAUAUGGGAUCGAGCGAAUUUGGCGGUCAGCUAUCUCAACAGUAUUCAGGUGAUAAUAGCGCGACACUUCUAAUGGGCCAUCAACUGCAACUGCAGCACAAUCAGCCUCAGCAGCUAGGCAUGGCAUUGGCUAGUGGCAUCGCUAGAGGAUCACCGGUUACCUCAUCAUUACACACACUCAUCAAACACGAGCCAAAUCACAAUACGACAUCGUCGCUACUGAGCGGCACUAGCUCCCUGGGUCCAAUAUUUGACCAUUCGUCUGGUGGAACCAUUGGUGCUGUAGUGUCCGCCGCAGGUAAUAUGAUUGAUCACGACGAUGUGGACAUGCGCACGGAGGAUGAAGAUGGUGAAUCUAGCUCGGCCACCGGGCAUCCGUCAACAGCGCCUUCGUCGGAAAUUGCGGAUAACGAGAUAGAGAAAACGAUACCACGUUUAAUCAAUCAUGAUACCAUAAAUAGUGGCGGAUCGCCCGAUUCAGUCAGCGGUGGUGUUGGUGGGGGCCUUAGUAAUUCCAAUGGCAGCAAUUCAGGUUUGAUCGGGGUUGGCGGUCUAUCGAAUUCGUCUUCCUCGUUCGGUAUGGGCGGCUCUAGCAUUGGGCAGAUAAUGCCGGACAGCUGGGAAGUGAAAGAUGUUGCCACGUUUCUAACUAUUAACGACUGUGCCGUCCAUACGGAACAGUUCGUACAAAAUGAAAUCGAUGGUAAGCGAUUGUUGGAACUUAGCAAGGAUGAUAUUAUCACCUUACUGAAUCUGAAGGUGGGGCCUGCGCUAAAAAUUUUCGAUCUCAUUCAACAGCUGAAGUGUAAAUUAGACCCCACCAAAUCCCGCCAUCUGUCGAAAGGGACAGGAAAAAAAUUUCUUUAG